AGCACAAGGCAAAUUAUUCAUUAAAUCCGCUAGACUGAACCAAACAUGUAGGCGAAGGGUAGAAACAAUUUAGCGAACAGCUGAUACAAUGGCGCCUCUGGACCUGGAUAAAUACGAGGAGAUUGCCAAGCAGUGUAAAUAUUUACCUGAAAACGACCUCAAGAGGUUAUGUGACUAUGUAUGUGACCUAUUGCUAGAGGAAUCCAAUGUCCAACCUGUGUCCACACCAGUGACAGUGUGUGGGGAUAUACACGGGCAGUUUUAUGAUCUGUGUGAACUCUUCAGAACUGGAGGACAGGUCCCAGACACAAACUAUAUUUUCAUGGGUGAUUUUGUUGACCGGGGAUAUUACAGCUUGGAGACACUCACAUACCUGCUGGUGUUAAAAGCGAAAUGGCCUGACCGCAUCACACUUUUAAGAGGAAACCACGAAAGCAGGCAGAUAACCCAAGUGUAUGGAUUUUAUGAUGAAUGCCAAACCAAAUAUGGAAAUGCAAAUGCCUGGCGCUACUGUACCAAAGUAUUUGAUAUGUUAACAGUUGCAGCGCUGAUGGAUGAGCAGAUUCUGUGUGUUCAUGGGGGCCUCUCCCCGGACAUAAAGACCCUGGACCAGAUCAGAACCAUUGAGCGGAACCAAGAGAUCCCCCACAAGGGAGCAUUCUGUGACCUUGUGUGGUCAGACCCCGAGGAUGUGGACACCUGGGCCAUCAGCCCCAGGGGAGCUGGGUGGCUGUUUGGUGCAAAGGUCACCAAUGAGCUUCACCUGGAAUGCUUUUCCAACAGUCAUGAAGGAGUUCCCACAUAUGCUGAGCACUUGCUGGCUGCUUUUCCUUCACUCUGCAGUCCAACUCAUCCCAAACAAUCUUAAUUGGGUUGAGGUCGGGUGAUUGUGGAGGCCAGGUCAUCUUAUGCAGCACUCCAUUACUCUCCUUCUUGGUCAAAUAGCCCUUACACAGCCUGGAUGUGUGUUGGGUCAUUGUCCUGUUGAAAAACAAAUGAUAGUCCCACUAAGCACAAACCAGAUGGGAUGGCAUAUCGCUGCAGAAUGCUGUGGUAGCCAUGCUGGUUAAGUGUGCCUUGAAUUCUAAAUAAAUCACUGACCGUGUCACCAGAAAAGCACCAUCACACCUCCUCCUCCAUGCUUCACGGUGGGAACCACACAUGCCAAGAUCAUCCCUUCACCUACUCUGCGUCUCACAAAUCCACGACUGUUGGAACCAAAACAUCUUAAAUUGGACUCAUCAGACCAAAGGACAGAUUUCCACCGGUCUAAUGUCCAUUGCUCGUGUUUCUUGGCCCAAGCAAGUCUCUUCUUAUUAUUGGUGUCCUUUAGUAGUGUUUUUUUGGCAGCAAUUUGACCAUGAAGGCCUGAUUCAAGCAGUCUUCUCUGAACAGUUGAUGUUGAAAUGUGUCUGUUACUUGAACCCUGUGAAGCAUUUAUUUGGGCUGCAGUUAGAGAUGAACUUAUCCUCUGCAGCAGAAGUAACUCUGGGUCUUCCUUUCCUGUGACGGUCCCCAUUAUAGCCAGGUUUUUGCAACUGCACUUGAAGAAACCUUCAAAGUUCUUGAAAUUGUCCCUGAUUGACACAUUCAUGUCUUAAAGUAAUGAUGGACUGUCAUUUCUCUUAGCCCUAUUUGGUAAAAUAGCUCAAAUAAGCAAUCUUUCUGUAUACCACCCCUACCUUGUCACAACACAAUUGAUUGGCUCAAAUGCAUUAAGAAGGAAAGAAAUUCCACAAAUGAUUUUAACAAGGCACACCUGUUAAUUGAAAUGCAUUCCAGGUGACUACCUCAUGAAGCUGGUUGAGAGAAUGCCAAGAGUGUGCAAAGCUGUCAUCCAGGCAAAGAGUGGCUACUUUGAAGAAUCUCAAAUAUAAAAUAUAUUUUGAUUUGUUUAACACUUUCUGGUUACUAUAUGAUUCCCAUUUGUGUUUUUUCAUAGUUUUGAUGUCUUCACUAUUAUUCUACAAUGUAGAAAAUAGUAAAAAUUAAGAAAAACCUUUCAAUGAGUAGGUGUGUCCAAACUUUUGACUGGUACUGUACAUGAAAUGGGUAAUAGUAAUGUUUUUUUUCUCACAUUCA